AUGUGUGGUAUUUUGGGUAUUACUCUAGCAGAUCAGAAUAGCUAUGUUGCUCCUGAAUUAAUGGAUGGUUGUAUCUUUUUACAACAUAGAGGUCAAGAUGCAGCUGGUCUUACCACUUGUGGUCCUCGUGGUAGAUUUUAUCAAUGUAAAGGUAACGGUUUGGCAAGAGAUGUCUUCACUCCGAACAGAGUAGUUGGUUUGGUGGGAUCUAUGGGGAUUGGUCAUUUACGCUACCCAACAGCUGGCUCUUCUGCGAAUUCAGAAGCUCAACCUUUUUAUGUCAAUAGUCCGUACGGUAUUAGUUUAGCUCACAAUGGCAACCUAGUCAACACGGUUUCUUUAAAGCGUUAUUUAGAUGAGGAUGUCCAUAGGCAUAUAAAUACAGAUAGUGAUUCUGAAUUGUUAUUGAAUGUGUUUGCAUCUGAAUUAGAAAAACAUAAUAAAUAUAGAGUUAACAAUGAUGAUGUUUUCCAUGCGUUAGAAGGUGUGUACAGAUUAUGUCGUGGUGGUUAUGCGUGUGUUGGUAUGUUAGCUGGGUUUGCUAUGUUUGGCUUUAGGGAUCCUAAUGGAAUUAGGCCAUUGUCUUAUGGGGAAAGAAAAAAUGAAGAUGGUACAACGGAUUAUAUGAUUGCUUCUGAAAGUGUUGUCAUGAAAGCACACAGUUUUACAACUUUUAGAGAUUUACAGCCGGGAGAAGCAGUCAUUAUUCCAAAAGAUUGCUCCAAUGCAAAACCUGAAUUUAGACAAGUUGUCCCAAUAAAUUCUUAUAGACCAGAUUUGUUUGAAUAUGUAUAUUUCGCAAGACCAGACAGUGUAUUGGAUGGAAUAUCUGUUUAUCACACUAGAUUGCAAAUGGGUAUCAAGCUUGCUCAAAAUAUUAAGGAACAACUAAAAGAUGAAAGGAUAGAUGUUGUGAUGCCAGUACCAGAUACAGCAAGAACAUGUGCUUUAGAGUGUGCUAAUCAACUGAACAUUCCAUAUAGAGAAGGCUUCGUGAAAAAUAGGUAUGUUGGCAGAACAUUCAUCAUGCCAAACCAAAAGGAACGUACUUCUUCGGUGAGAAACAAACUAAAUCCAAUGGAAUCUGAAUUUAAGGGCAAAAAUGUCUUAAUAGUGGAUGAUUCAAUUGUCAGGGGAACAACUUCCAGAGAAAUUGUUAACAUGGCAAGAGAAGCUGGUGCUGUUAAAGUUUUUUUUGCUUCAGCCGCUCCUGCAAUUCGUUUCAAUCACAUAUAUGGUAUAGAUUUGACUGAUAACAAAAAUUUAAUAGCUUACAACAAAAGUAUUGACGAAGUUGCUGAGGCUAUCAAGUGUGAUAAAGUUAUAUAUCAAUCUUUAGAAGAUCUGAUAGAUUGUUGCAAGACUGAUAAGAUCACAAAAUUUGAAGAUGUGUUUUUACUAGGCAAUUAUGUCACAGGUGUUGAAGAUGGAUACAUACAUGAAUUGGAAAGAGUUCGUGAACAAAAUAAACGCAAUUCAAUAGAGGAUGCAAAAUCCGCCGUUGACAUUGGUUUGUACAAUUGCGCCGAUUAUUAA